GAUAACUUUUUCAGUUACACUCUUUCAACAUCCAUAAUCGAACAAAUAAAAAGGAAGCUCUGAGCUCGUCUUCCAUGCUGAAUAUCUGGGUCUUACACUGCUAGUUAAUGCGGUUACUGCAUUAAACCUCUUUAGGGUUCUUCCGUGCAUCGAAUUUCCGGAUUAUCUACAACACCACCGGAUUUAAUCCUAUUUAGAUCAUAAUCAGAAGUAGAGGAAUAAAGGCAGCGGACAAUGGGAAUUUCGUUUAAGGUCUCCAAGACCGGUACAAGGUUUCGACCGAGAAUACAAAUCCACCCCGACACAGACGCCGCUGGUGACGAGGACGACGUCGUCUCCGCCAUCCAAAAUCAGAAGCAGAGGAAUUCAGCUCUACCUCAACAUGAUUCGAAUUCCGCAUCUGCUGCUCGGAUGGGCACGACUGAGGCGGCUGAUCUUGACAACAACAUUGCUGGAGUCUCUGAAAAUGAAGUUUCGUUCUCACUGAACCUCUAUCUAGAUGGAUAUUCUAUUGGGAAACCAGCAGAGAGUGAUUCUUCUGGAGAUGUUCCAAAAUUUUUACACCCAUAUGAUAGAGCAUCUGAAACUCUCUUCUCAGCAAUUGAGUCCGGCCGGUUACCUGGUGAUAUUCUGGAUGACAUACCAUGCAAGUACAUUGAUGGUGCACUUGUUUGUGAGGUCCGAGAUUACAGGAAAUGUUUGUCUGAAGCGGGACAAGGUUCACAUCCUGUUAAUCUUUCUCCUCUUAUCACAAAAGUACGCCUUAAAAUGUCAUUGGAGAAUGUAGUAAAGGAUAUACCUUUGAUUUCGAAUAGUGCUUGGACAUAUGGUGAUCUGAUGGAAGUAGAAUCUCGGAUAUUAAAAGCUCUCCAACCUGAGCUUUGCCUGGAUCCAAGCCCUAAAUUAGACAAGUUUUCCAACAACCCAGUUUCCUCAAAGCUAAAUUUGGCUAUAAGCACAAUGCGCAGGAAGAGGCUAAGGCAGACCUCAAGGUCGGGAGAUGGUGGAGCCAUAAUACAGCAGCCUGCUCAUGAAAAAGUACAUCCUCAAAGUAAUGGUCCCAACAAUAUGUCAGCAGCAAGAACUAAUAGUUUUGGGUCUGAUGUCUCUAUUCCAGUGUCACCUUUGGUAACUAACCAGUCAAAAUAUCAAAUAGGGGUUGGAAGUCCAAGAAUUAUGCAGGAUCAAAGGUCAGCUGUUUUAAAUGCAUCAACUGCUUCUCCUGCUAUGCCAGACGUGAUGCUUCCAUACCAGGACACGGUCAGCUCUGCUUCCUUACUUGGUAAAAGAGAGAAUCAAGAAGGGCAAUCUUAUCCUCUUGCUAAUUUAAGCAAGAGACCAAGAUUUACAAAUAUUGGGCCUGACAGUAAUCAACUGCAAAACAUAGGACCACAAAUAGAUAGUUUUAAUGGAACUGAUUCACACUGGAAGAAUACACUAUUACAACAACAAUCGAUUCAGAGGGGAAUUCCAUAUGCUAACACAGGCCUACAAAAGUUUUCACAACAAACAUUUGAGGGGGGGCUGAACCAGGAAGCUGGAAUGCCAUUCACUGUUGGGCAACAGGUAGCAAGAUAUGGUUUAAAGGAAGAACCAAACGAGUUAGACAAACUGGACAAACCAGUGGUGCCCAGUAGAAGCGAAAUGCAGACAGUAGACACAGAGAUGAGUCACAUGGAUUCCCAGCAGUCAAAACUACACCAAAGAUCACCACAGCAGUUCUUGAGGUCGGGUUUCCCUCAGGCACACUGGAACAAUGCUAGUCAGCCACUUGAGAACAGUGCUAGAAAGGAAGAUCCAUUCCAGAAGAGGAAACAAGUUCAAAGUCCUCAUGUUUCUGGUGGAGGGUUUCCUCAAUCUCCUCUAUCAUCUAAAUCUGGAGACUUUUCUAGUGGUUCAGUAGGACACCAAUAUGGCCCAGCAGUGACAAGUGGACUUGCUGUGUCCCUGAAAGAGAAGUCUGCUGUUACAUCUGUUCCUCUAGCGGCAAGUGCAUCAUCUCUGACUUCCAGUGUGAAUGACUCCAUGCAGAGACAACAUCAGGCUCAGAUUGCAGCAGCAAAACGUAGAACCAAUUCUCUUCCUAAAACUCCCGUGAUAAGUGGAGUUGGUUCUCCUGCUAGUGUAAGUAAUAUGAGUGUCCCAAUAAAUGCAAACAGCCCUCCUGUUGGAAAUCCACCUUCGGCUGAACAAAUCAUUCUUGAAAGGUUCUCCAAAAUUGAGAUGAUAACAACAAGGUAUCAACUUAAUUCCAAGAAGAAUAAGGUGGAUGAGUGCCCUGUGCGAAAACCGAAUGCAUAUCCUACUCAACAGCUGCUUGUUCAUCUUUCCGGUGACUCAAAUAAUGAGACCAUCAUUGACGAAAAGUUUAAAUUGUCUAAGUCCCUUAUUCAGGGUAGUGUGAAUAUAUGCAAAAGAAGAGUCUUGACUUUUGCACAGGCCGAGCGUGUACUUCAAGGCAAUACUUUCUCAGUUGUUCAGAAAUCACAAAUUAAAAUGAUAAUGUCAGAGAAGCCUAGUGAUGGCACUGUAGCUAUGCAUAUUGGGGAUAUAGAAGAUAAUGAAUACAUUGCUGCAGAGGAUUACCUACCUACACUGCCCAAUUCUCAUUUUGCAGACUUACUUGCUGCACAGUAUUGUAGACUGAUGAACCAUGAAGGACUUUUUGUGGAAGAUCAUGUCCACCCAAAACCAGUACGUGUUAAUAAUCCCUCAAGCAAUCAACCUAAUAUGCCGGGACUCUCACCAACUACUGCAGGAACCGAUAUACAACAAUUCCCCGAAGGAGUUUCAGGUCUACCUGGUGAAAGUACUAAGGCACCUAACAGUGUUAAUGCAUCUUUCAACUCAACCCAGAAUCUUCAAGGCACGAGAUUGCUACCUCCUGGGAAUACACAGGCAUUACAGCAGCUUUCUCAAGGUGUAUUGCCUGGGGUUUCGAUGCCUUCUAGGCCACAGCAACCUGAUAUGCUACCACCUCAGCAACAGCAACUACAACAAAAUCAACACUCUUUGAUUCAACAACAACAUUCACAGUUCCAAAGAUCAUCCCUGAUGAUGGCUGCAAACCAAAUGUCUCAUUUGAAUGGUGGAAGUGGCAACCACUUGGCUAAUAAAAGUUCCCCUCUCCAACUUCAGAUACUACAGCAGCAACAACAACAGCAGCAACAACAACAGCAACAACAACAACAGAUGCAGCCACAAAUGCAAAGGAAAAUGAUGAUGGGUCUUGGAACUGUAGGUAUGGGAAACAUCAGCAAUAGCAUGGUAGGACUUGGAGGGCUGGGCAAUGCGAUGGGCAUGGGCAUAAGGGGAGUUGGUGGCUCUGGAAUUUCUGCACCAAUGGGUUCUAUUCCAGCAAUGGGCAAUUUGGCUCAGAACGCAAUGAAUGUGAGCCAGGCAUCGAAUAUUAGCAAUACAAUCAGCCAGCAUCUUCGUUCUGGUCAGAUUAUGGCCUCAAAGUUGAGAAUGGUACAGAACAGAAUGAACAUGCUGGGGGGUCCACAAUCAAGUAUUGGUAUGAGUGGAGGUAGACAAAUGCAUCCCAGCUCUGCUGGCCUUUCAAUGUUAGGACCUGCCCUUAAUCGAGCUAAUAUCAACCCAAUGCAAAGAACGGCAUUGGGUCCAAUGGGUCCCCCCAAGGUGAUGGCAGGGAUGAACCUUUACAUGAACCAACAACAGUUGCAGUUGCAACAACAGAUGCAACUUCAACAGCAACAACAGAUGCAGCGACAGCUGCAGCAGCCACAACAGCAACAGCCGCAGCAGCCACAACAGCAACAGCUUCAGCAGCAGCCACAACAGCAACAAGAGACAACUUCUCCUUUACAGCCUGUACUUUCACCUCCACAAGUGGGUUCACCAUCAAGCAUGGGAAUUCCACAACAAAUGAAUCAACCAACCCAGCAACAACAGUCUAGCCCACAGCAAAUGAGCCAAAGAACUCCCAUGAGCCCACAGCUGAGUUCAGGAGCUAUACAUCCCAUGAGUGCUGGUAAUCCAGAAGCUUGCCCAGCAAGCCCUCAGCUUAGUUCUCAAACCAUGGGAUCUGUUGGUAGUAUAACCAAUUCUCCAAUGGAGCUACAAGGUGUGAAUAAGAGUAACUCCACAAGUAAUGCAUAGUUAGUUACUAUACAAGUUCUUGUUGGGAGAUUGGUGUUCAUAUGAUGGUGGUGCUUUGGCAAACGUUCUAAGGCUAAUAGCUUGGAUGAACUAGUUCUGGUUGAUAGGUUUUAGAAUACCAAUAAGAAAGGGACAAAAUUGGAGAUUUGGCAUGCACUUUGGAGCCUCUGGACCUCAAGAAUAACAAUCAUGCACAUAACUGGCUUCCUCAGAUGUUCAGAGUAUAUAGGAAUUUUUUCAACCAAGGCUAGUGCUCAUAUUGUUCAUGGUAGGCUUUAGCUAGAGAUGCUCAAUCCAGAUUUCUGUGCUCAUCUGUGGUGGUUGUAUCAUUAUCAUUUAUCAUAGUCAUAUGUUUAUUAAAGUAGUCAAAACUCUAGUAGACUAUGAUGCUAUUAUAAUUGAAAAGAACCUUUCUUAG